GCACGUGAAAUGAGGCAUGGUUGCCCAUUUAUCAGCACGCUGCAACUCUCUUUCCCUCUUCUCUUUCUGAUGUCCAGAUUCAAUGGAUUAUAUCCCUCUCUCUCUCUAACACCGACAAGUGAGUGAAACCUGUAUAGUAAUAGCACUACUCUCAAACAUUAAAAGCGUUUUCUUCUGCUAUACUCUUCUUUUUUCUCGCUUCAUUAGCCAUGGCCGCCAAUCUUAUGAAGGCCCUUUGCUACGACCGCUAUGGUGGAGGUGCUGAGGGCUUGAAGGAAUUGAAGUGGAUAACAUUUUGAUUUGCUGCCAAUGUCACUACUAAAAAGAUCUUCAGAUCCCAAGUUACUGUACUUCACCUUUUUUGCCUUUGCAGCAUGUAGAGAUUCCAAUCCCCACUCCAAAGAAGGAUGAGGUCUUACUCAAAUUGGAGUCAGCAAGUGUCAAUCCAGUUGAUUGGAAAAUUCAGAAAGGCAUGUUGCGGCCAUUUAUGCCUGGCAAGUUCCCAUUUGUACCAGUGACAGAUGUUGCUGGUGAGGUUGUUGAAGUUGGUCCAGGAGUCCAGAAUUUCAAAGCAGGCGACAAAGUAGUGAGCAUGCUGAGCUUCAGGAAUGGAGGCGGGCUUGCUGAAUAUGCAGUAGCGAAUAAAACCUUGACAGUGAAGAGGCCUCCAGAGGUGUCAGCCUCUGAAAGCUCGACCCUGCCCAUAGCUGGCCUCACAGCACUACAAGCAAUUACUGAGGGUGCUGGUCUUAAGCUCGAAAAGAGCAGCACCGAUAAACAGACAAAUGUGUUGAUAACCGCUGCCUCAGGAGGGGUUGGGCACUUCGCUGUUCAAUUAGCAAAGCUCGGCAAUAUUCACGUGACCGCCACAUGUGGGGCCCGCAACAUAGAGCUUGUUAAGAGCUUGGGGGCUGAUGAGGUGAUUGAUUAUAAGACCCCUGAAGGUGCUGCCCUCAAAAGCCCAUCAGGCCGAAAAUAUGAUGCCGUUAUUCACUGUGCUACUAGUAUUCCAUGGUCUACUUUUGAGCCAAACUUGAGUGAGAAUGGGAAGGUGAUCGAUAUGACACCUGGUCCGAGGGCUUUCUUGACAUCUUUUACGAAGAAACUGACGUUUUCCAAGAAGAUGCUGGUGCCUUUGUUUGUGGCGUCCAAGAGUGGGAACUUGGAGUAUAUGUUGGGCUUAGUGAGAGAUGGGAAGAUAAAGGUUGUGAUCGACUCUAAGUUUCCAUUAGCCAAGGCGGAGGAGGCAUGGGCGAAGAUCAUGGAUGGGCAUGCUACUGGGAAAAUCAUUGUGACUUCGGAGUAGAGAGGGCAUAUUGGAAGGUACUGCUAUGUAGGAUGGUUUCUCGUGUAUUGAGGGUGUGUUAUGGCUUGUAUGUUUUAGCUUAUCCUGUGUCAUAGUUGUUCGAGUUAUAUGCUUUGAGACCUGGUACUGUACAUGCAUCCUGUGGAUAGACCUGGUACUGUACAUGCAUCCUGUGGAUAUGAAAUUAUUAAGUUUGUAUUAUAACUAGUUGGAUUACGUGCAACGCACGAAGAAAUGAAAUGACCGAUAACAAAUAA